GCGGCCCUGAGCCCGGCCCCUCCACCCGGCCCUUGGAGCCCGCACGCUGCCCAGGGACGAAGGCGCAGGAAGCGCGCGGGAAACGAGACCGAAGGGAGGAGCGGGAAGGAGAGCGCGGCAGCCGCGGGCCCUGCGCGCUCUGGGAGCGCCGCGCGGCCCUGCCCACAGGCUCCGGGUGUCCGCGGGGCGGCGCCGCGGAACAUGACGGCGCCCUGGGCGGCCCUCGCCCUCCUCUGGGGAUCGCUCUGCGCGGGUUCCGGGCGCGGGGAGGCUGAGACGCGGGAGUGCAUCUACUACAACGCCAACUGGGAGCUGGAGCGCACCAACCAGAGUGGCCUGGAGCGCUGUGAGGGUGAGCAGGACAAGCGGCUGCACUGCUACGCGUCCUGGCGCAACAGCUCCGGCACCAUCGAGCUCGUCAAGAAGGGCUGCUGGCUGGAUGACUUCAACUGCUACGACAGGCAGGAGUGUGUGGCCACAGAGGAGAACCCCCAGGUGUACUUCUGCUGCUGUGAAGGCAACUUCUGCAACGAGCGCUUCACCCACCUGCCGGAGGCCGGGGGCCCGGAAGUCACGUACGAGCCACCCCCGACAGCCCCCACCCUGCUUACGGUGCUGGCCUACUCGCUGCUGCCCAUUGGGGGCCUCUCCCUCAUCGUCCUGCUGGCCUUCUGGAUGUACCGGCAUCGAAAAGCCCCCUACGGCCACGUGGACAUCCACGAGGACCCUGGACCUCCACCCCCAUCCCCUCUGGUGGGCCUGAAGCCACUGCAGCUGCUGGAGAUCAAGGCUCGGGGGCGCUUCGGCUGCGUCUGGAAGGCACAGCUCAUGAACGACUUUGUGGCCGUCAAGAUCUUCCCACUGCAGGACAAGCAGUCGUGGCAGAGCGAGCGGGAGAUCUUCAGCACGCCUGGCAUGAAGCAUGAGAACCUGCUGCAGUUCAUCGCCGCUGAGAAGCGAGGCUCCAACCUCGAGGUGGAGCUGUGGCUCAUCACAGCCUUCCACGACAAGGGCUCCCUCACGGAUUACCUCAAGGGGAACAUCAUCACUUGGAACGAGCUAUGCCACGUGGCAGAGACGAUGUCCAGAGGUCUCUCGUACCUGCACGAGGACGUGCCCUGGUGCCGUGGCGAGGGCCACAAGCCGUCUAUCGCCCACAGGGACUUUAAAAGCAAGAACGUGCUGCUGAAGAGCGACCUCACGGCUGUGCUGGCCGAUUUUGGCCUGGCUGUUCGGUUUGAGCCAGGGAAGCCUCCAGGGGAUACUCAUGGGCAGGUGGGCACUCGGCGAUACAUGGCCCCAGAGGUGCUGGAGGGUGCCAUCAACUUCCAGAGAGACGCCUUCCUGCGCAUCGACAUGUAUGCCAUGGGGCUGGUGCUGUGGGAGCUCGUCUCCCGCUGCAAGGCUGCCGAUGGCCCCGUGGACGAGUAUAUGCUGCCCUUUGAAGAAGAGAUCGGCCAGCACCCAUCAUUGGAGGAGCUGCAGGAGGUGGUCGUGCACAAGAAGAUGCGGCCCGCCAUUAAGGAUCACUGGCUGAAGCACCCGGGCCUGGCCCAGCUCUGUGUGACCAUCGAGGAGUGCUGGGACCACGACGCAGAGGCUCGCCUGUCUGCGGGCUGUGUGGAGGAGCGGGUGUCCCUGAUCCGGAGGUCGGUCAACGGCACUACCUCGGACUGUCUUGUCUCCCUGGUGACUUCCGUCACCAACGUGGACCUGCCCCCUAAAGAGUCGAGCAUCUAAGCCCGGGACACGAGUGGAUCUCCAGACUCGGUGGAUCUGAAGAGGAAAGGAAAAAACAAGUUGUGUUUUGUUUUGGAAAUCUCAUAACACCAACAAACACAUAAAAUGCAGCUGCUAUUUUACCUUGACUUUUUAUUAUAAUUAAUUAUAAUUAUUAUUAUUAAUAUUAUUUUGGGAUCGGAUCAGUUCUACCAGCACAUCGCUCUACUGCAUCUCAAACAGUGGACGCGUCAGCAGGCGUCGAGGUGCUGAGCUGUGAAUGCAGAACCAGCGCCGUGCUGGCAGCCUCCGCUGCCUCCUGUCCUGGGGGUUCAGCUUCCCCCGCCUUCGUUGCUCGUCUCGGAAUCUGUGACACAGAGUCCCAUCUCCUGUCUUAGGAAACUUAAUGCUGCAAACUCAUCCUAGAGGAGCCUUUGAAGACUGUUACAUAAAAACAUACUUCCUCCAGAGGAGUUUCCUUCUGCCCUUACCACCUCCCUCCUUCCCUUUCCUUGUGUUUUUCUCCCUUUUUUAGACAGUGAGUUUAAGAAACAGCAGAUGUGUUUUCACGGAUUAACGGGU